UGCACCCUCAGAUGUAAAUAGCUCAUAAACUCAAACUCUGAAUAUGUCGUGUGAAAAUAAAGGACUUAUUCUGGACACACAUGGAAAUGUUUUUUUUUUUUUUUUGUUCUCAACAACCCGAUCACUCGCUAAGAAACCAGCUGUGGCUGUGUGUGUCCCGACUCUUAAGAGCAACUGCAAACCCUGCUCAGGAAACCUAUUCUAAAGGCUUUGAGGUUUUUCCACAGGUACAUUUCCACUAUUUUUUCAUUUCUAAAUGAGUUCCAUAUGUCUGGAAUUUUCCAGGGACCAAUUCUGUUCUGUUUAUUAUGACAUUAAUAGCCUUAUGAUACUCAAUUAUUUGUAUGAUCUCAUAACCUGUAGAAACAUUUUUGCAGUAUUCUUUGCUCAGGAUCUUUUUGUUCCCCCUGGAGAGCAAGACAUCAGAGCUCUGGACGUCACUGAAACUCUCCCACAUGCAGGUGUUCUGUUAACCACACGUAGCUCCAGAUUAUUCCUUGGUUAAAGGUGCAAAUGCGGAAUGUUUUCAGUAUUUUCGAGACUGUUGUAGGAAUAGGAGCAUACCACACUGAUACACUUGACUUGGCAGUGACCUCACAGAGCAGUCAGGAGAAAUGCUCCCAACACUCGAGAGCGGUUGCUUGUAGUAAACACACAAGUCUUGUUGCGUCAGUAGUGGAAUGGUGAAGGCACGUCAGGCUGCUGAGCACACCUCCACACAUGGCCCAGGGACACCACUCCCAUCUCUCCUCUCCCUCUGUCUCCGUCAACAGAACCAUCACUCGACCCGGCUCGGUGGAAGAUCAGUUGCUCAGACCAUGUCCCGUCAGCUGUAGCAGCAUGUGGAGGACUGCGCUUGUCAUACUCCACCUCCUUGUGCUCGGUCCUCUGCUCGGUCUGAGCUCUGAAGCCAUGACGCCUCAAAAUUGCAGCCUCAAGUGCAUCCUGCAGCUGGUUCCUCUUUCUUGCUGCGAACAGCAACUGCUGUUUAUGUGUCGCGUGCUGAACCUGAAACAACAGGGUGGACCUGGAUGUGAGUACUGCAGAAUAACCCCAGAGGAUUCCAGAGCUCUUGGCUUCAGGUCCAGCGGGCUCUUUGGAAGUUGUGUUCCGUGGCCGUGCUUCCAGCUGCUGGGUGAGCAGGAUCCACACAUCUGUCAACACUACGUACACGCACCCAACAACGUGACGCUGGAGUUUGUCCACGAUCCAGACCCUUCUUCUGACACGCUGGUUGUCUCCUGGAGGCCCAGUUACUACGGGAUCGCGUUCCUGAGAGGAUUCCAGGUUUCCCUCCAGGCGUUGGGCGGACCCGGCGUGGCCUGCCAGCUCUUUCUCUUCCAUCGUAAUCUCUCGCUCUCUGCCUCAGAUGCCCAGAAGGUGUACAAGUCGGAUCCAUUCCCCAGCCUGCCUCUGGGAGCCCAGUAUGCUGUCACUGUCAUGGCUCUGCCUGUGCCCGAGAGAUGGGAGAAGUUCUAUCAGAGCAAGAUCUUCUCCACACGUUCGUGUGCUGAGAAGAACGGCCUCGACCGGUGCAAGGAAGACUGGUACCCAACGUUUGUUCAGGUUCAACAGAGAGAGCAUGAGGUCACUGUGACCUUUAACCUCGCACCUUCGCGCAUGGGAAUCAGUAGCUACUUCUCCUGGUGCUAUGCAAACGGCAAGAAGAAGUAUAUGACCCUGGUGCCUGAUCUGUCCAGGAAUGCAACUCACCACAGCUUUCAAGUGAAGGACUUGCAGGAAGGCGCCAAUUACACCUGUGAGAUCGCGGCAAAUGAAGUGGACGCCGUGAGGAAAGUGUUCAGCUUCCAGACCGGAAGCACCAACCGAGAUCAUCCAGCGACUCGCUCUGUCCCCGGCUCCUUGGCCGUGGCUCUCCCGCUGGCUGUUCUGUUGGCGGCCAUCGUUGUAGUUCUGGCUGUGGUGGUUGCCAGAAGACGCAGAAGCACAUGGAAGAACGUUGUGGCGACCAAGCCAGACAUCAUCCGGCAGCACCGGGAGCAUCAGGCCCAGGAGGAGGUGGUGUCGCUGGCGAGCAGCAGAUCCUCUCCUCCUCGACUGCUCAUCUGCUACAGCAGCUGUGAAGGAGCGGCACACGUCAAGGCCGUCAUGCAGCUGGGAGCUUUCAUCCAGCAGCACAUGGCCACUCAGGUGUGUCUGGAUCUGUGGGACACUCUGAGCGUAGCUGUGGAGGGCAGCCUGGCCUGGCACUGCCGCCAAAUCCGAGACAGCAGCUUCAUCAUGGUCAUUUGUUCUCCCGGCGUGAGUGGCAGGGGCGCGGCAGAGGACGAACGGACAGAGCAGGAGUCCCACCUGGUCAUCCAGCUCCUUAGAGAGGAGGUGGCUCGGGCCAAAGCUGGAGGCCACGACCUAUCCAAGUACAUGACGGCAACUUUUGAGUACUGCGACGAGCGGGACGUUCCCAUGGAGCUGAGGCUGGUGCCUCACUACUCGCUGGCCGCUGACUUGCCGCUGCUCUUCUCCCACCUCCAUGGUGUGGCCCUGCACCGGCCGGGGGGCUACGUGAAGAUCAGCCACAUCUCGGAAGAAGGUUUCACCGAGCUGCCCGCUGGAAUGGCCUUGCAGAGAGCCAUCGAUGAGGCGGCCGCGACGCAAGAACGCCAUCGACCAAUGUGAAGGCCAUAUGCUCGACAGAAGAAUGAAGGUCACGACCUUCCCAGGUGCCAGGCCUUGGGUACAGAAGGAGGCCGAUCAAAAACCUGGUACUGAAGUUUGACAGGGUGUAGCUUCCCCUCCUGUCUUUUCAUAGACGUCACUUUUAAAGCCAUGUCGGCGCCUUCUUCGCGAAAAAGGUGUGUUGAAGUGACCGUACCUCUGCCUUAAUGGCUUCAGACGCGCACAACUACAAGUUUAUGACUCAGUAUUUCAAACCUUGCGACUUUCAUAAGACACUUUUAUUCAUAUCUGCACUUAUCCAUUUAUUUUUUUCAGUUUUUUUAUGCAACAGUUUAAAGGAGAAACGCCAUUAAAAUGGCAGAAAGAAAUGCAGAUCAUUCGGAUCGAGGGUGCUCUCUAGCAGGCUGCUGACCUCAUCUGUGUAUUCGAUCCGUUCAGACGGUGCGUUGCAGAAUAUCCGCUGGUGAGCGCGUGGUCAUUGGUCAGUCUGAUCAAUGCCACUGGAUUGUUUUAAACAUCACACCAAAUGGAAGGCGGCUCAUCUCAGGCGUCUGACCUCAGGAGCCCAGUGUAGCAGGGCUGUCAGUCUGGUGCUGCUUGUUCCUGCUGGCACCUGAUUGGUUCAACCGUGGAGCAGAGAAGUCUCUCUCUCAUUGAAGCAACGCUACACUGUUGUAGGUUUGUGAGCUGUUGAUGGUGUUGGAGACAGUGGAGCCUCUUCCUGCAGCAGCAACAGCAGUGAGCUUCUUACUGUGACCUUGAAACUAUAGUUGAACGUGAAGGACCAUUUAGUUCAGCAUCGUAUCUCUGGAAACAUUAUUGGGACAUGUGAAGUACAUAUUGAAGAUCGCAUGCCUUCAUAAGCUUUACAUUGUCGUUUCAUGUGUAUGGAUUCAACACGAGGUCCAGUCAUUUUUUUAUCAAUCAACCCAUGUUUUUCCAUUGACAUUUUAAGUAAAAUGUAAUAAAGGAAACCGACUUCAUUCUGGUUUUCAUGACUA